UUCCCCCUUCCCCAGAACCCUUGAUCUUGAAGAUGGUGAGUAGCCAGCCUAAGUACGAUCUAAUACGGGAGGUUGGUCGUGGCAGUUAUGGUGUGGUGUACGAAGCAGUCGUGAGGAAGACCUCUGCACGGGUCGCGGUGAAAAAGAUUCGGUGCCAUGCUCCAGAGAAUGUGGAACUAGCUCUGCGUGAGUUCUGGGCACUUAGCAGUAUCAAGAGCCAGCAUCCCAACGUCAUUCACCUGGAGGAGUGCAUCUUGCAGAAAGAUGGUAUGGUGCAGAAGAUGUCCCAUGGCUCCAGUUCCUCCCUUUAUUUACAGCUUGUAGAGACCUCAUUAAAAGGAGAAAUAGUCUUUGACCCCAGAAGCGCUUAUUACCUCUGGUUUGUAAUGGAUUUCUGUGAUGGAGGGGAUAUGAAUGAGUAUCUGUUGUCCCGAAAGCCAAACCGCAAGACCAACACCAGUUUCAUGCUUCAGCUCAGCAGCGCACUGGCGUUCUUACACAAAAAUCAGAUUAUUCAUCGUGAUCUCAAACCUGACAAUAUUCUGAUAUCUCAGAGCAGGAUGGAUGCUAGUGACUUGGAGCCGACCCUGAAAGUAGCGGAUUUUGGGCUGAGUAAAGUAUGUUCAGCCUCAGGACAGAAUCCCGAGGAACCAGUUAACGUAAAUAAGUGUUUUCUAUCAACUGCAUGUGGGACUGACUUCUAUAUGGCCCCUGAAGUCUGGGAAGGACACUACACCGCCAAAGCAGACAUCUUUGCAUUGGGGAUUAUAAUCUGGGCAAUGUUGGAAAGAAUCACAUUCAUAGAUACAGAAACAAAGAAAGAACUUCUGGGGAGUUACGUCAAGCAGGGGACAGCGAUCGUGCCUGUUGGAGAGGCGCUCCUAGAAAACCCUAAAAUGGAACUGCUCAUCCCCGUAAAGAAAAAAUCCAUGAAUGCACGAAUGAAACAGCUGAUCAAGGAAAUGCUGGCUGCCAACCCGCAGGACCGACCCGAUGCUUUUGAGCUAGAACUGCGAUUAGUCAACAUAGCUUUUAAAGACAGCAGCUGGGACACGUGACCUGCCGUGUCGGGUCUCUCUCGAUAGAGCUGCUUCUCACCUAACUGAUGGUGCAACUUAAUGACAGUAAAAGAAACGAGCCUGAACUCAAACCUGCAGGGUGUAGUUUCUACCAGAUGAAUCUCAUUUUGAGUUUCAUAAGUGAUAGGAAUGUGAGUUGGCCAUUGUGUUAACGAUACAUUGAUGUGUAUAAUACCAGGAUGUUACAUGCAAGUGUAAGAUGUGAUGAUGUUCGUUUGUGUAUGCUGGCAGUGGGAUGUCUUAAGAGCCGAGACUUGAUUUCCAGCACU